AUGAUUUGCCUUUCUGAAAGGAAGAUUUCCAUUCAUCAGAAUAAAGGAUUGAUUUAGUUACCUGAAAUAUCUAAAUCUUAAGAACUUCUUGUAUUUAACAUAUCAUCAAUUUAGAAAUUAAACAAUAGAGCGUUAUAAUCAAGUAAGGUUAAGAAAUAAACAAAACCACAAUCCCCAAAUAAAGACAUUUAUUACUUAAAAUUACCUGCAAUUAACAAGAAAGCUUUAGAUUAAACAGACAACUUUUUCAAAUUAUCUAAAUCCCAAGUAUAAACUUAAAAAAUGUAUAAUAUAAUUGCUAAUAUUAGACUUUAAGGAGAUACUUCACUGGACAAUAUUAGCAAAUAUAAUAAAAAACUACAAGAUAUCUAAAACAAACACAAUCAUUACAUUAAUAAAAUUGAAGAGCUAUAUAUGAUUACUAAAUAACACUCAUGA